AUGCAAGAUUAAAGAUAUCAAUAUUUAAUAGGGAAAUAUCAUUUCUAAUUGGAAUAGUUUAACUUCAAUAAGGCUUUUGUUAAAAGGUGUUUAGUAUCAAAGGAUUAAAGAUUUGUUGCAAUAAGUGUUAGAGGAUGUUAUGAUAAUAAUUUAGAGAAAAAAAAUUAUCAUUAUUACUAUCAAAUUUGGAGUUUAGAAGAAAGAAAAUGCAUAAAAACUUAUCAAAUAAUUUUAUGUUCACCUAUAUCCUAAUUCAUGUGUGGGUUUUCCGAAUGUUCUUAAUAUUUUGUAAGUUUUAAUUGCAAUUGUGAAAUGACAAUAGUUCAUUUGGAAGCAUAAAAAGAAUGCUUUACAGUCAGUUUACCUGGACAUUAAGUUAUAGAUAAAUUAAUGAUUAAAUAAGGUUUAGUAUUUAUUAUUGUAGAGCAACUAAUAUAUGUUUAUAGUUUAGUUGAUGGUACACCAAUAUAAAAAAUAGAACUUGAUUUCAAAUAAGAGAAUUUUUUGCCAUUAGAUGCAUUAAAAUUUCUGGUUUCAAAUAAUUAAAGAAAAUCUGUAUAAAUUUGGUAAAGGAUAGAUAAGGGAAUAAAAAAAUAAAAAGAAAUAUUCCCAAAAAAUAGAUAUGAUGAAUUAUUUGAUUUUGAGAAUAGGAUAAUUAUUGGAUAAUAAUAAAUGUGUAUACAUUUACUUUCGCCUAGCAAAUUAUAAAUUAUAAGGAAAAUUACAAUAGAAUAUUAAUUCUAUAAUAUUAUUAUUGAUCAUAAUAUUUCUAUAUUAAAUAUUUAUAGAAGUUUAUGUCCAGAACAGAAAAAACUUGUUUAUUUUAAUUGUUUUCCUGAGAUCUAAACUUUUGAGUCCAAUCAUCAUAAUGAAGUAGAUUAUACCUUUGAAAAUAUGUAUUUUUAUUCAGGGAUUGUUGUUGGAUGGGAUUAUGAUAAUCCAAAUAAAGUAGGAUUUAUGAUAUAUAAAUUUUCAAAUUGA